AACCUCUCGUUCACGGCGAUAUUUUAGUUUCGCAUGUCCGAGAUAUUCGAUUUUCUUUUCUGGAAUUCAUUUCAAGAAUUUUACUCCACUCUGUUCUGGAAAAUGGUCUCGAGGGUCGCUUCCAAAGGAUAAAGCUUUGUUAACCCUAGCCCUUGUUCUUGAGCGGUGGGAGUUGGUUUUCUCGAGAAAAACAGUUUCCUGGGAAUGGGAACAGUUGAGACACGGGCUAAAACCCUAGCUGGGGGUUCUGGUCCUCUAGCUGAACCGGCUAAACCUCGAGCCCAUGAAGAGAAAUUCCUUAAAGAGUGUGUUGGCGGUCGGGUCAGUUCAGGGUCCGGUCCAGAGGGGACCCGAGAGAAUGGGUUUCGGGUGUCUAUGAACGGAGAGGAGGUUUUGGUUCGUGGGGAUGUGAAAGUAGUUGAGACGGAGGUUUCGGUUGAGGAGGGUUUCGGGGGCCGAGACGAGGAUGUUUCGGGUGAAGACGAAGGUGGGCUUGAGGAGUCCGAGAUGGGUGGAGUGUCUUCUUUGUUGAAGAUGAGGGGAAGUGUGGGAGUGAGAGAUAUCGAGGUUAAAGAUUGUGGUGAGAGUGAGAGUGUUGAAACGUUGGGAACUUUGGGUAUUGAGGGAAUUGCUGCGGAUGGUUUAGGUGGCGGAGCUGUGUCAAAGAACGGCAUACAGAACAGAAGGGAUUUUGUGGAGGUAUUUGGGGAUGAAGAGGAUGGUGGUUCUAUGAGUGAAAAUGGGGGAGACCCAGAUGGGAAAAUUGAGAUUAUUGAGGUUCCAAUUGAGGAUAUGAGUAAGAACGAGGAUGGGGAAGGAGAGGAGAGUGCGGCCGAUGAAGGGUAUGGGUUUUCUGUGGGUGAUUUUGUGUGGGGUAAGAUUAGGAGUCACCCGUGGUGGCCAGGGCAGGUAUAUGAUCCUUUGGAUGCUUCGGAUUAUGCGGUCAAGUUGAAAGUGAGGGGCCGGUUGCUUGUGGCAUACUUUGGAGAUGGCACGUUUGCUUGGUGCCAACCCUCUCAGUUGAAGCCCUUUGAGGAGAAUUUUGAAGAGAUGUUGAGGCAGAGUAACUCAAAGAACUUUGUUUAUGCCGUGCAGAAGGCCGUGGAUGAGAUUGGUAGGCUUUUAGAGCUAGAGAUGAUUUGUUCUUGUGUAACUAAGGAGAAUGGAGAUGGACUUGAUAGACCAUUGGCAGUGAAUGCUGGAAUCAAGGAUGCAGUUCUUGUUCCUGAAGGCGGAAUUGGGAAGCUUUCAAACAGUCUGUCUGAACCACUUGACAUUCUUGCUGAAAUGAAACAUGUUGCACAGACUAUUUCCAUAUGCAAUGCUCUUAGACUUAGGGUGUUAAAGAGCCGGCUGGCAGCUUUUUAUCGAGCAAAGGGGGGUUAUGAUUUGCCUACGUAUUAUCAACCACAACCAAUUCUAGGUCUCGAAGACAAUUUGAAUGAUGGGAUAGUGGACAUACAUGAGAGGGUGGAAGUUCCAAUUCAGGGGCCAUUUGCAGAAGACUGGCUUUCUUCACCAGUAAGUCCUAAGUUUGGCCAGACCAGUCAAACCACGACACAGAAGAGCCUAGAGAAUUUGGAUGAUAGGCUGUAUCAAAGAAGGAAGAAGAAAAGUAUUGCUGAAAUCAUGGAAGAGAACAUUGAUGCUCAGUCCGAAAGUAAGGAUGGGGAUGUGGCUAAAGAAGGGACAAAAUGGGGCAAACCAACACCAUUUUCUACGAAUAAGAGGAAGAAAAGUAGCGAUGUAACUGAUGGUCAUGGGGGCAAUGAAGUGUUACAAGGGACUAAGAGAAAGGCCAGGAUGUUGGGUUCUCCAUUAAGUACUAAUAGUGAAGUUUUGGGUGUAGAAAAUGAUUUCAGUGGAGGCAAGGAAGAAACCAGGAAGAGCCGUUCAUCUAGAAUAAGAAAGAAAUAUGAAGGUGUCAGCAUUGAAGUUGAUGGUGGUGGGGGCAAAGAACUAACUAAUGAUGAACAUGUUACCAUGGAAAGGAAGUUGAACAGUACUAGUGUUCAAAAAAGUGAUGGCAAGGCCAAAGCACAAAUUGAGAAGGGUUCUUUGUCAAGGGAAAGGAGGAAGAGCAAGUACUUGUCCCCGCCCUUCACUAAUCUAAUUAUGGGGCAAAAGAAGAAAGACAUUGUAGCAGAGUCCCUUAAAGUUUCUAAUGAAUCUCAUAUAGGGGAGAGGAUGACAACGGCUGCAGGCCACCUUGCUGGGCCCUCUCCAAUUCUAAAGUCUUGUAAUGAGACAUUUCAGAAGAAGCUCUCCCAAGAACUUGGUCUGGAGCGUGACCCAUCUGAAAUCUCAAGUCCUCAAACACCGAAACUAGAUCGGAUCGAUCCGGUGAAAAUUAAGGCGGCCUCUGCUAACAAAGUGCUAUCUGAAGUUCGGCGUGCUGCUAUUAAUCCCCUAUGUCCAAGGGGAAACGAAUCCCUUGAAAUGGUUGGGGGCUUUAUGUCCAUACUCAGAAGCUCAGUCUAUUGCGACGGAUCAAACUACAAAGCAUACAACAAGCGUCAACCUGGUAGAAAGAGAAAGAAUCCAGACUCUGAUCCUGGGUCAUUGGGUAAAGACCAAAGUAAUACCGACCACAAAUCACCUGGACAUGAAUCCAAACAGAGGACGAGGAAGAAGAACAAAGAAGCGGAGUCACAUGAAGCUAAACCGAAGAAAGCUGCUAAAAUACAAGAUGCAAAGUUAGAUAAGCCUCGAUCGAAGCAAGAUGCUGGAACACGUGAUAUGAAGAAGAGUGAUAAGAAGACUGACGGGGAAGCUUCACCUACAGUGCUUUCUGUGGCAUUCGGCCCAGGAUCGCAUUUGCCUUCUAAAGCUGAUCUUAUCAGAAUCUAUGGGAAGUUUGGGGCGCUGAACGAAGCGGAUACAGAUAUGUUCUAUAUCAAUUUCUGUGCUCGGAUUGCCUUUGUAAGGAGCUCUGACGCAGAAGAAGCCUUAAAUCAUUCACUUCGUGCCAGCCCUUUCAAAGCUGCUGGUGUUACUUUCAGCCUCCUAUAUCCCUCAACUGCGAUAAAGACUCGUGAACUAAGAGAAAUACCGUCACCUAAAGCUUCUCCUCUAGGAAAGACUCUAGAGAAGCCGGCUCCCUCACAGCCAUCACAACUCGACUUCAUAAGGAAGAAACUUGAGACCGUGAACUCAGUGCUGGAGAACUCGGGUGGGAAAGUGUCGCCGGAGAUGAAAUCCCAAUUAGAGAGAGAGAUAAAAGGCCUUCUGGAGACGGUGAGCGCCAUGGUUGGAUCCCCCUCGUCGUAGAUCAGACAAAAUAUGAGAAACUGAGCAUUUUGGGCUCUGUGCACAGGCAGAUUUACUGUUUAGCUAUUGGUCGAUGUUUAGAGUUAGGAACAUAUGUUACUUUCUUUUGAAGGUGUUUGUAGGGGAUGUACGGGUUAAUUGUCUCACUGGUGUUUUUGUGCGUAGGUUUUUACUUGAUACAGAUGGGUUGCUCUUGUUAUAUAGUCCGUACAUGAACUAGUUCCAUAUGCCCGUUAGUAUACAGAUCUUCACUUUUUCCUCUC